CAGAUGUGUGACGAAUAAUCAACGCAUGCUCUUGUAUCCAUAAACUUCAAAAGCCAAUCGAAAGUAUUGGAUAAUAAUAAUAAUAAAUGCAGUGGAAAAAAAAAGAUGAUAAAGGAAUUUUCAUUACACACACACACCUACCCAAACAAGUUUUUAUAUAAACAGUAUCCAACUCUCUUCUUUACCCUCAAACCCAAACACAUAAAAAAAUGAGUCAACACAACAUCUUAGAAGCUCUAAAUGUCCGGGUCGUGGGUACGGGUGAUCGGAUCCUGUUUUUGGCCCAUGGAUUCGGUACUGACCAAUCAGCUUGGCACUUGAUCCUUCCUUACUUCACUCAAAACUACAGAGUCGUCCUCUAUGACCUAGUUUGCGCCGGCAGUGUCAACCCCGAUUACUUCGAUUUCAAUCGUUACACAACUCUCGAUCCUUACGUCGAUGAUCUUCUCAACAUCGUUGAUUCACUCGGAAUCCAAAACUGUGCUUACGUUGGUCACUCUGUUUCCGCUAUGAUCGGAAUCAUCGCUUCGAUUCGUCGGCCGGAGCUUUUCUCCAAGCUUAUCUUGAUCGGAUUUUCGCCUAGGUUUCUCAACGACGAGGAUUAUCAUGGAGGAUUCGAAGAAGGUGAGAUUGAGAAAGUUUUCUCAGCUAUGGAAGCUAAUUACGAAGCUUGGGUUCAUGGAUUUGCUCCGCUUGCUGUUGGAGCUGAUGUUCCGGCGGCGGUUAGAGAAUUUAGCCGGACUUUGUUUAAUAUGCGUCCGGAUAUAUCUCUGUUUGUUUCGAGGACGGUUUUCAACAGCGAUCUGAGAGGUGUGCUUGGGUUAGUUAGAGUUCCGACGUGUGUGAUUCAGACGGCGAAGGAUGUUUCUGUGCCGGCUUCGGUGGCGGAGUAUCUUAGGUCUCAUCUCGGUGGAGAUACUACUGUGGAGACUCUUAAAACUGAAGGACAUUUGCCGCAGCUUAGUGCUCCGGCGCAGCUUGCUCAGUUUCUCCGGCGAGCUCUUCCUCGGUGACUUUUUUUUAUAGAUAUAAAAAGAGAACAAUAAAAUAUAAUUGGUGGAAUAUGGGUUUAGUGGGGUCCACGUAUCGAAGAAAAGAAGGGCCUCUAUUUGUGGAGGACAGUUUGGCAUUGUCACAAAUCUAGUAAGAUAAGAUUGUUCACUUGACACGUGACUUUCGCUUUUUUAUCACUUUUUUUCUUGCUCUCUUCAUUAGUUUAUAAUCACAAGUUUAUUUCAUAAAAUAAUUGGAGAAUAACCAAAAAAAACAUUAAAAAAUCCUAUCUUAUCUUUUACUUUCCUCUGAAUAUUUCUAUCCAUAUUGUUGUUUCUUGUAAGUUCCUGGACCUUGUAUUGAUUGACGUCUAACAACACAUCGAUGCAACAACAAUCUUUAGUCUCAACACUUUCGAUUGUUUUCUCUAAUAAAAUGAUGGAGACAAAAAGAUAUAAAGUAUACUAGAAAAUUCUAGCAUCACAUCGUAAAAGUAUCAACAACUAAAAUGAAGCAACUAUGGCUGACAUAAUCUUGAUUUAAGUUUUAUAGUAUGCAACUAUGCAUGUGUGUUCUAAAUAAUUUUAAAGUUAAUAAAAUUGGUUAGUUGUAUAAUGUUGUUACCGUGCUAUAUAUAAUACAAGUUAAGAUUUGAGAAAGUGAGUG